AUGGACUUGGCCGAGGAGUCGUCGCCCGCCCUGGCGUUCGAGAAGGACGCCUUCGAGCUGACGGUGGAAGACGUCUACGACAUCUCCUACGUGGUCGGACGGGACUUGCUGAGGAUCAGCCGAACGGGCGAGGAGGUGUCCGACCUGCAGUUUCGCAUAGUCCGCGUACUGGAGAUGUUCGAGACCAUGGUCAACAAGUACAACUUGUCUUUGGAGGAACUGCGAAUGGAGCGGGACAACCUCAAGAGUCAGCUGGACCUAAUGCUCACCGAAAGCACGAGAGCGACGGGAGCCAAUCAGAUGGUGGUGGACCUCAACGACCCCAACAGGCCUCGCUUCACCAUGCAUGAGCUGAAGGAGGUGCUACAGGAGAGGAACCACCUGAAGGCCCAGCUAAUGGUGGCUCAGGAGGAACUGCAGCUCUACAAGAGCGGGAUUCUGCCGCCGGGCCAAGCGCCCAUGGUGGAAGUGGACCUGGAUCAGGACCGAUCGGAAAAAAACGGAGCGGCCGGCGACGCCAAAGAGGAGAAGACCACCGCCAUUGGGAAAUUGUUUUCGUUCCGACGGAAAUGA